AUUGAGCUAUACUCGAAUUGGUAUAAUACUCAAUAUGUUUGUUAUAUAUAAAAGUGCAUGUAAUGAACUUGUUGAGAGCUUCUAAAUAAGCUCAAAACUUAUGGAGCAAAAAAUAUUUUGUUGUCUACUUGUAUACAAAAAGUUCAAGCCACACCUAGUCAUGGUAUUUGGCCAGUUGGGCUAUACCUUGUUAUAUUUUAUCACUGAAGCUUCUUUUAAUCAUGGAAUGAGUCCUUAUGUGUAUGUUACCUAUCGCCAUGUUGUAGCUGGGUUUGUGAUGCUCCCUUUUGCAUACUUUCUAGAGAAAAAUGUAAGACCAAAGCUGACAUUUUCUCUAUUUAUGGAAUUUUUUGUGCUUGCAGUGUUAGGGGUCAGUUUGACAUUGAAUAUGUACUUUGUAAGCUUCAAGUACACUUCUCCAACUUUUAUUGCUUCCAUGGUCAACUGCAUAGCUUCCCUUACCUUCAUUAUUGCAGUGGCACUCAGGUUUGAGGUUCUUGAUCUUAAAAAUCCUCAUGGUAUAUCAAAGGUCCUUGGUACCUUAAUCUCCUUAGCCGGUGUUAUGACCAUGACACUAUAUAAAGGACCUGUUAUGAGCAAUUUUUGGCGUCCUCUGUUUACUAUUCAACCAACAAUUGCUUCUUCUGUCAAUGAGAAGAGCCAGUUUAAGGGUUCACUUCUCAUAGUUUUAUGCUGUGUUACAUGGUCUUUAUGCUUCAUUAUGCAGGCAUCGACUCUAAAAAGAUACCCUGCUCAAUUAUCACUCACGACAUGGAUGUGCUUUAUUGGAGCAGCACAAUCAGCUAUUUUCACAGUGAUAGCAGAACAUAAUAACCCUUCAGCAUGGAUUAUAGGGCUCAAUAUUGACUUGUGGUCCACAAUAUAUGGGGGAAUUGUUGUGAGUGGUUUGUUGACGUACACUCAACUAUGGUGCACCGAGAAAAAAGGACCAGUUUUUGUCACAAUGUUUAACCCUCUUAGUACCAUAUUUGUGGCAAUUCUGGCAUAUUCUGUCCUUGGUGAAAAACUUUAUUUGGGCAGCAUGAUCGGUGCACUUAUUGUCAUCAUGGGACUAUACUUGUUACUGUGGGGGAAAGAAGGUGACAGAGAGGUUGAUUUCAAGACCAAAGGUAAAUUGCAGUGCUAUAGUGAAGACCAAGAAUGCAAAAUAUAGUCAGUAACUUUAGCUGCAAAGGUGGAAAUGUACUACAUCCAAGUGAGAGAAUAGAAUAAAUUUGUACACCACGAGGAUUUGUAGGUUUAUUUUGCCUAUACAUUUUGUGCAAAAACCAUGGCUUCCCAAAGUUCUGUUUCACCACUUCUACUUCUACAAGACAAAUUUUCAUAAUAUUGACCAACAAAAACUGCAGAAAUGAAAACUAAAUAUUGUAUA